AUGUGUUUUCAACAAAGAAGCUCCCUCACCUCUCUCCAAUACAAAUGCAGACACCAAAACGAGUCAAACAACAACUCAAGCAGAACCAAACAAGAGCAUUGUUCGUCCACAACAACUGCCGUCGACAAUACACCAACCUUAAUCUCAUCAUCUGCUGCUGCUACCAACACUGCCAUCUCAGCGUUGCUUGAGUUCUCACUCAUGUGUUUCUCUGACAAGAAAGAUAACAUGCGGCUUAUUCACAAGGAAGCUCCUCCUACUACUCUGCUUGCAAGUUUUGGAGAGAAGCUUAAGAGAAACGUCUAA